GAAUUAGCAUAAGUCCAAAUUGAAAGAAAAAAAAAGAAUAUAAAGAAAAUGAGAAUGAAUGUGGACACAGACAGUGUUUUAGUGCCAUUGAGUUUGUUCAUAGCAGUAGGAUACCAUGUCUUCCUCUGGAACUCCUUCAAGCACAAUCCUUCUCGUACUUCUCUUGGCAUUGAUUCCUCUAAACGCAAAUCUUGGUUCCGUGACAUUAAAGAGGGUGACGAUAAGACUGGGAUGUUGGCGGUUCAAAGCUUGAGAAACAAGAAAAUGGUUACAAUUCUCACCGCUUCAAUCUCCAUCCUUAUAUUGCUUUCUCUAGCUGCGGUUACCAACAACGCGUUCAAAGCGACCCACCUCUUCACAAACGGCAACGACAUCGUUUUCGGCUCACGAAACCCUAAAAUCUUCGUCCUCAAAUAUGCCACUGCCUCGCUGCUUCUUGCAGUGAGCUUCUUCUUCAGCUCACUUUCCGUGAGUUACUUGAUGGACGCCAAUUUCCUCAUAAACGCAAUUGCUAAGAAGCAUGUAGGAGACUGCGACUGCGGUUAUGAGUUGGCGACUGGGACAGUAUCGUUUAGGGAAUAUACGAGGUUGGUGCUAGAGAGAGGUUUUUUUAUGGCUAUGGUUGGGAACAGAGUUAUGUGCGUUUCUGUACCGCUUUUGCUUUGGAUGUUUGGACCAUUACCCGUGUUUGCGUCUUCAGUAGGUCUUGUUUGGGUGUUGUAUCAGUUUGAUUUUCCGUCCAUGGCCAAAAUAUCUGUUUUUAAAUGAUAGAGAGAUAGAUUGAAGACAAAAAAAAUGGUGGGUUAUUGUUUACAUUCAUAAUAAUAAUGAAUAAGAGUUUGA